UUUCAUGCUUCAUCCUCUUCCCUCCGCAGAGGCAUAAACUCUCUCUCUCUCUCUCUCUCUGAGAAUGACGGUGGCAGCAUUCUUCCCCAGUCCUCAGCUUCAGAACAGUGCCGCAACUGCCACCAGGGCAACCCCAUCUCACAGAAAAUCCCAACAUCAACAACCUCAUCAUCAAAAUCUUCACUUUCUGUUCAUCCCCGCUCCCACUUUCCUCUCUUCACUACCUUCUUCUUCGUCUUCUUCUUCUUCUUUUCCACUCACUAUCAAGUCCUCUUCUAGCUCUACCUCAAGAACACAGCAAUUCCAUGUUGUAUCAGACUCAAUCCACAACAAUGUCAUUCAAGACCUUGAGGAAUCCCUCACCAAUUCCCACUCACACCUCAAUGGUGUUCGGCAAUUGGACCACCCUAACCAACCCUCCAAGAUAUUCAUCCGUGACCCACCUUGGAUUUCCUCCAUCUUCCUCAAAGGUCUCUGCAAGAAUACCAACCUAGAAUUCAAGCUUCUGUUCAAGGAAAUUGAGAAGAACAAGUACAAUUUGCUCAGGAGGAGGCAGAUUCAAGCUGAAACCGAAGCUUGGGAGAGGAUGGUGGAGGAGUACAGGGAGCUAGAGAGGGUCAUGCGUGAGAAGAAUUUAGCUCCUAAUUUGCCUCACGUGAAAGCAUUGUUUUUGGGGUGGUUUGAGCCUCUCAAGGAAGCUAUAGAGGCUGAGCAGAAGUCACAGAAGACUAAAAAGCACAAGACGGCGUUUGCGCCGCACAUUGAGUCCUUGCCGGCGGCAAAAAUGGCGGUUAUUGUUAUGCACAAGAUGAUGGGAUUGGUUGCGAUGGAGCAUCAUCAGGCAGGGUGUGUUGUGCUUGUUAAUGCUGCUGUUCAGAUUGGUAUGGCUAUAGAACAAGAGGUCAGGGUCCAAAAGUUCAUGGAAAAAACCAGAAGUCACCAGCGCAAGAAAACGGAGGCUGAUACCAAAGAUGAUAUGAAUGAUGAUAAACCAAAACUAAUGAAACAUAUAAAUGGUUUGAUUAAAAAAAGAAGAUUGAGGUCAGUGCAGAAGCUGUUGAAGAAAGAAGAUUUUGUCCCCUGGGGUCGUGAUACCCAGGCCAAGCUGGGAAGCCGAUUAAUCGAUAUGUUAAUUGGGACAGCAUAUGUACACAUUCCAGUUAGCCAGUCUGCUGAUACUCCUCCAGAUUUUCGACCGGCAUUCAGGCAUAGAUUUAAAGCCAUUUCAAAGAAUCCAGGGUGAGAUUUCCCCUUUUCUUUUUCCUUCCUGGAAUCAGAUCAAUCAUGCUUACUUUAAUGGCUAACUAGUGCAUUCUCUUGUGUGCAGGCUCAUCACAUGUUAAUGCCUUACAUGCCAAUGUUAAUACCUCCGAAAAAGUGGAAGGGUUAUGAAAAGGGUGGGCACUUGUUCUUGCCAUCUUAUAUCAUGCGUACUCAUGGAUCAAAGAAGCAGCAAGACACAUUGAAGAAUGUUAAAAAGACACAAAUGCAGAAGGUUUUUGAGGCAUUGGAUGUACUUGGCAGCACCAAAUGGCGAAUAAAUAGAAGAAUACUUGCUGUUGUGGAGGCUGUCUGGGCUGGAGGAGGCAACACUGCAGGCCUGAUUGAUCGGAAAGAUGUUCCUAUACCAGCAAGGCCACCUGUAGAUGAUCCAAAACAAAUUCAGGAGUGGAAAUGGAAUGUAAUGAAAGCAAAGAAAAUUAAUGCAGAGAGGCACUCUCUGAGAUGUGACACUGAACUCAAGCUUUCUGUGGCUCGAAAAAUGAAAGAUGAGGAAGGCUUUUAUUAUCCUCACAAUCUUGACUUCCGUGGCAGAGCAUAUCCGAUGCAUUCUCAUUUGAAUCAUUUAAGUUGUGAUCUGUGUCGAGGAUUACUUGAGUUUGCUGAAGGGAAGCCUUUGGGGAAGUCUGGACUACAAUGGCUAAAAAUACACUUGGCAAAUUUGUAUGCAGGUGGUGUGGAAAAACUGUCUUAUGAUGGUCGACUAACUUUUGUAGAGAAUCAUCUUCACGAUAUAUUUGACUCUGCUGAUAACCCCGUUAACGGAAAUCGUUGGUGGUUAAUGGCUGAGGAUCCUUUCCAGUGCCUCGCUACUUGUAUUAAUCUAUCAGAAGCCUUAAGAAGCUCGUCUCCAAGUUCUUUUAUAUCUCAUCUGCCAAUUCAUCAGGAUGGCUCCUGUAAUGGCUUGCAGCAUUAUGCAGCUUUGGGAAGAGAUACUAUGGAAGCUGCUGCAGUUAACUUGGUUGCUAAAGAGAAACCUGCUGAUGUUUACUCAGAGAUUGCUGUUAGGGUUCAUGACAUUAUGAGAAGGGACUGCAAAAAAGAUCCAAGUACCUAUCCAAAUGCUCUGCUAGCAAAGGUUUUAAUUGAUCAGAUUGAUAGAAAACUAGUCAAACAGACAGUAAUGACUUCAGUUUAUGGUGUUACUUUUGUUGGGGCACGAGAGCAAAUAAAAAGAAGAUUAGAGGAGAAAGGCCUUAUUACUGAUGACAAACUUCUAUUUGCUGCAGCUUGCUACGCUGCUAAAGUGACAUUGAAGGCCCUUGAAGAAAUUUUUGGAGCAGCUCGUGAUAUUAUGGGAUGGCUUGGUGAUUGUGCAAAAGUUAGUUCUCAUUUCAACUUCACCGUUCGCUGGACCACUCCUCUUGGUCUUCCGGUUGUACAACCAUACUGUAGAAAUGAACGUCAUCUGGUCAGAACAUCUCUUCAGAUAUUGGCUUUGAAGCGGGAGGGCAACACAGUCGAUGCCAAGAAACAGAGAACUGCAUUUCCUCCAAAUUUUGUACAUUCACUUGAUGGUUCACACAUGAUGAUGACUGCUCUUGCCUGCAGGGAUGCUGGCUUAUGCUUUGCAGGUGUUCAUGACUCGUUUUGGACACAUGCAUGUGAUGUGGAGAACAUGAGUCAGAUUCUGAGAGAAAAAUUUGUGGAGCUUUAUGACAUGCCGAUACUUGAAAAUUUGCUAGAAGACUUCCAGACAUCAUAUCCAGGAUUAGUUUUUCCUCCACUGCCAGAGAGAGGUGAUUUUGACUUGCGAAAGGUUCUCGAUUCUCCGUACUUCUUCAACUGAGCUUCUCUACACAAGCAACAACAAAAAGAUUCGGUUGAAAGCAUUUCUCCGUCGUAUCUAAUGCGGAAUCAUUCAGAGGCCGGAGCUUAACUUAUCCUGUAGUGGAAGUAGUGAUUUCAAAGAACGACCCGAGGAGAUGCUUAUGGGGAAGGAGAGGCAGGAAGGAAGGAAAAAAAGGUUCUGAAUGAUUUGUUUUGGGAAGUCUCUUGCUGCUAGGAUUCUUAGACUUGGUGAUCCAGUUAACACAAGGCAACUUUAGGAGCUCUAAUCAUCUCUCAGAUUCGUUAUCAACAAGCAGCAAAGGAAAUUCUCCGCGGAAUUUUAACGUUGGCGGUUUCCAUGAAUUGGGUUGCUGGCUUGCUGGUUGCUAGGUUCCAAUGGUGGCAAACUCUGGCACUUGCGGAGCCAUAGCUAACCAACCCUUUCUCUCUCUCAUGUAUUAUAUAAUGUAUGAAUAGAAAUGAAUAGAUGUAUACUAGAUCGAAGGAAAGGUCAUUAGGGUAGAAACAUGCUGUUAUUUGUGAUCUGUACAUAGACUUAUUCAUUUUCAUUGUGAAAUAAAUUGAGAAACGUUUGAGAAAGGACAAUGGGGGGUUCAUGGCUGUUACCUGAGCUUUAAUUUAGAAGAGAAUACCCUGUUAAUUUUCAUUUCCAAUUCCUAA